AUGUAUGACGACUCCUACGUGCCCGGGUUUGAGGACUCGGAGGCGGGUUCAGCCGACUCCUAUACCAGCCGCCCAUCUCUGGACUCAGACGUCUCCCUGGAGGAGGACCGGGAGAGUGCCCGGCGUGAAGUGGAGAGCCAGGCUCAGCAGCAGCUUGAAAGGGCCAAGCACAAACCUGUAGCGUUUGCUGUGAGGACCAAUGUCAGCUACUGUGGCGUACUGGAUGAGGAGUGUCCAGUCCAGGGCUCUGGAGUCAACUUUGAGGCCAAAGACUUUCUGCACAUUAAAGAGAAAUACAGCAAUGACUGGUGGAUCGGGCGGCUAGUGAAAGAGGGCGGAGACAUCGCCUUCAUCCCCAGCCCCCAGCGCCUCGAGAGCAUCCGGCUCAAGCAGGAGCAGAAGGCCAGGAGAUCUGGGAACCCAACCAGCCUGAGUGACAUUGGCAGCCGACGCUCCCCUCCUCCGUCUCUAGCCAAGCAGAAGCAAAAGCAGGCGGAACAUAUUCCUCCGUAUGACGUGGUACCCUCCAUGCGGCCUGUGGUGCUGGUGGGACCCUCUCUGAAAGGUUAUGAGGUCACAGACAUGAUGCAGAAGGCGCUCUUCGACUUCCUCAAACAUAGGUUUGAUGGCAGGAUCUCCAUCACCCGAGUCACCGCAGACCUCUCACUGGCAAAGCGAUCCGUGCUCAACAAUCCUGGCAAGAGGACCAUCAUUGAGCGCUCCUCUGCCCGCUCCAGCAUUGCUGAAGUACAGAGUGAGAUUGAGCGCAUAUUCGAGCUGGCCAAAUCCCUGCAGCUAGUAGUGUUGGAUGCCGACACCAUCAACCACCCGGCACAGCUGGCCAAGACCUCACUGGCCCCCAUCAUCGUCUUUGUCAAAGUGUCCUCCCCGAAGGUUCUCCAGCGUCUCAUCCGCUCCCGAGGGAAGUCGCAGAUGAAGCACCUGACUGUACAGAUGAUGGCAUACGAUAAGCUGGUUCAGUGCCCACCCGAGUCGUUUGAUGUGAUUCUGGAUGAAAACCAGCUGGAAGAUGCCUGUGAGCACCUGGCUGAGUACCUGGAGGUUUACUGGAGGGCGACCCACCACCCAGCUCCCGGCCCUGGGCUUCUAGGCCCUCCCAGUGCCAUCCCCGGACUUCAGAACCAGCAGCUGCUCGGGGAGCGUGGCGAGGAGCACUCGCCCCUGGAGCGGGACAGCCUGAUGCCCUCAGAUGAGGCCAGCGAGAGCUCCCGCCAGGCCUGGACGGGGUCUUCACAGCGCAGCUCCCGCCACCUGGAGGAGGACUAUGCAGAUGCCUAUCACGACCUGUACCAGCCUCACCGCCAACACACCUCGGGGCUGCCUAGUGCGAACGGGCACGACCCCCAAGACCGCCUCCUGGCCCAGGACUCGGAGCACAACCACAAUGACCGGAACUGGCAGCGCAACCGGCCCUGGCCCAAGGAUAGCUACUGA